AUGGCAAGACUUUCACUGCUUCUGAGCGUCAUAGGCUUCAGCUCAACUAUUACCGGUGCAUACGCAUCCAGCUGUGGUAGUUGUGAGCCACUUAGGGGAGGUCUCCUAAAAAGCUUCAAAAAUCGCCACUCCGAGUCGUGUUCAAGUGAAAUAGAUUCGUACAGCAGGUCAGAUAGCUACAGUGAGGAUUGCAAGAGGAGAAGCAGGAGAAACGAAUGCUCGGUAUCGUCUACUUGCGACAGCAGCGAAAGUGAUUGCUCUGGAUCAUACUCGUCUUGCAUGUCGUCAUCCAGCAGCUCGUCAUGCGCAUCAAACAGCGAGCAAUACAAAGGCAAGUGUGCAACUGAGCUCGAGAUUCCACUUGAGAAGAUGAAGAACACUCUGUUCACAUACCUGAUAGGAUUCGAAAAGCAAUACAAGGAAAGUGUGGUCGCGUUCCUGCAAGGACAGAUCUCACAGGCAUCUGUGAUCAGCUCUGCAUAUGUCAGCACACAGUACAAUGCUCUGCUUGCAGCACUUGCAGAACUUGGAUUCGUCAUUCCUGCAGAUACCGUUGUACCGCAGCUCAAGGCAUUGGAUACUGCUGAGGCAAGUGCUCUUGCAAGAAGCAUACAGGAAACUGCAGUGAAGGUCCUGAAGGAUCUUUUGUGCAGGGUCAAUAAGAUGUGCCACUGUGACCUGAUGGGACUCAUUGAUAGCGGCUUGUUUGCAAGCCAAGUUCUGAGCGCAUUCUCGAACAUGCAGCCUCUGAUCAAUUCAUAUGCAGAUGAACUGUUUGCAAAGCAGAUUGUCGUCUUUGAAAGCCUAGGCAUUGAGUUCAGCUCGCAAGCAAUUGAUGCAAUUGUGAGCGGAUUGCACCAGAACGGCACGGACUUCAUUGCAUUCUUCACAGCACAGAUCAAUGCUCAACAGCUGAAUACUCAAGCAGAUCUGAGCCAGCUAUUCCUGUAUCUUGAUGCAAUGAUUGCUACAUCAUCUGCAGACUUCCAGGCAAUUGCACUGUUCGAGAUCCAGUCAAUCAUGAACAAGGUGUUUGGAACAGCAAUAGUACUGCCAGCAUCCAUUUCUCCACCUGCAGAGCCAACGCAGCCUAUGGCAACACUGCCAGCACCCAUUUCUCCACCUGCACAGCCAACGCAGCCUGUGGCAACAGUGCCAGGAACUGCUUAA